GUUGUGCCGCCUUCCGCUCUCAUCCCGUCAUCCCGUCACCUCAACACCCUCCGGCGACCACGCCACACGACAGCGAACACCACAACCUCUGUCCAUGGCGAGCGGGUACCCAAAAAGUCCUCCAGCAGGACUCGCUCGGCAGUCCUCAGACCUAGAUGAUGAGGUGAGCUUGUAUAGCAACGCGAGAGAACGAAGGCAGUGGGACAAGCUGGCGGAAUUCUUCGCCAUCCUUAAGACCACGGAGCACCUGGAGAACGCGCGCAUCAAGAGCGCCAUCGGGCGAGACGAGUACACCCGGGAAUGCUCCGCCCUCAUCUCGCAGUACAAGGACGCAGAGAGCGCCUUGCUCGCGGAUGGGAGCAUCACCAGCACCGUCGAUUUUAUCAAGGAAUACCAGCUAGAUUGCCCUUAUGCGAUGGACCGGCUGGUCAAGUACGGCGUUCCCGCCACGGUCUUGCACCGACAAGUAGACGAGAGGGAUCAGAUCGGCAGGGCGCGCCAGGCGGCCGAAACGACGCAAUGUUUCAUCACCGCGAUGGACGCCUUGAAGCUGGAGCAGAGGGCUGUCGAUGAGGUGCAGCCGCUCAUCUACGACCUCUCGGACCGGUUGAACAAGGUGGACGGGCUUCCGAACGACUACGAGGGGACACAGAAGACUCGGGAGUGGCUGGUGACUCUGAACGCCAUGCGGGCGGCCGACGAGCUUUCGGAAGACCAAGCGCGGCAGCUCUUGCACGACCUCGACACGUCCUACAGCGCCUUCUUCCGGUACUUGGAGAUGACACAAAAGCCGUAACGACCUUGCUACAGUACUAUGACGCACCACUGCACACGGUGGCGGGAUGAUGUCGAAAUGAACACGAGAUAGGUUGGCCUCUUGGAAAUAUGAUCCCCGUGUGACAUGCUUGCGUGAGAAGGCGGGGCACUGGGAUAAGGAGCAUCUCCAUAAUGACACUCGUGGCAGAGAGGUAGGAGGCCGUCGCCAAGUGAGCCGUGUGGCCGUGUCUUACUGUGAACACGUAGUCGGGAGGCGGUGGGUGGGCUCCACGCAGCUUUAACCGGGGCUCUGUGCCAAACGGAUGGACGUGAAUAAACGGUUGGAUCCCUACGGGCAAAUUGGAUGUGUUGUUUCAAAACUUUCCCAGAAAACGGAAGGUGGCGUUCCUUGCCUAGGCGUUGCGCGCUCGUCGGCAUUCAUAGGACCUUUCGAGAUGAGGGUUUGGUUGGUUGCAAUGGGAAGUUACGACGGGCGACUUUUGAAUGUUGUGGUGCUGAGUGUUUUUGUUCUGGGGGGAGGGGGGGAAGGGAAGCCUGUCGUAGAAUCCUCUUUGCGGCAAGGAUGUGCCGCAAUGAUGUUGACUAUGGUAGGUAUGUGCAGAGUGGAGUUGUUGUAAAGAUACCCGUAAGGCCAUAGAUAUACGUGGGCGUUUUUGAACUGAAAAAUGCAAUGUCAAAAAAUAUGUUUAACCUGUUCGAGCUGCCGGUUACGCAGCUGCUGGUAGUAUCUGCUUUCUAUCCCCCACCGGUGCCGAAUGAGAUGAUACGCAAUUUCCCGGAGUUUUCAUGAUGCAGGCCACGUCUGAUACUGCUUGGUCUCACCUCCGUUUAGAAGGGUAAUGGU